AUGUUGACCCUAUCCGAACGAUCGAGAAUUGAUGGGACUAUUAUCCGUAAAGCCCAACGUAAUGGUUUUCAAGGCGAAACUACUGGAAACAAACCUGUCGAGAAAAAUGUCCGUGACUUUAGUUACGAACAACUUAAGUCCGGACACGGUACAGUUGGUCUUCAAGCUGGUACAAACAAACUGGAUUCCCAGAAAGGCAUGACAGCCAUGGGCGCAGUCCGCCAUAUCUCUGAUAUCAGAGCUGACAAGUUCGACAAAACCUCCGAGGGCGUCAUCACCUUGCAAGCUGGAACCAACCAGUGGGCAAGUCAGAAGGGGAUGACGGCCAUCGGUGCAGUCCGUCACAUCUCUGAUCUGAAGGUGCCCCAGGCCAGCCAAGAGGGACAGGCAACCAUCAGUCUACAGAGCGGCACCAACAAGUUCGAUAGCCAGAAGGGAACGCGAGGUUUCGGCGCUGUUAGGCACAUUAGCGAUAUCAGAGCUGAUGACCUUCUGUUGGAAGGCACAGAUAAGAUUUCUCCAGUCAUUGCCUACACUGGAGGCGACAGUCAAAAGGGAAUGCGUGGAUUUGGAGCCCAGCGUCACGUGUCCGACAUUAAAAUCGUUGAUCUGGCCGAAGAGUACUGCAAGAAAACCGGUUUCAAGCCCCCGAAACCCGUUAUUCAAUCCGAAGCAACCGAACAGGCCCCUGUUGCACAGAGAAAUUCCUUUAAUGGGCCUGUAAUUGGAUCUAAACCAACAGAAAAACACAUCGUACACUUUACAGAGGAACAAAAACGUGCUGGGCAUGGUAUCAUCGGGUUACAGGCGGGAACCAACAAAUGCGCGAGUCAGAAAGGAAUGAAGAUAGGUGCUGCUCGUCACAUCGCUGACAUCAAAGCCGACGAUCUGGACAGGGCAGGCCAAGGCAUCAUCGGGGCUCAGGCAGGCACAAAUCAGUACGCUUCACAGAAAGGCAUGAAAAUUGGCGGUGUUCGACACAUUGCUGAUAUCCGAGCUGAUGAAAUGUCACAGGAAGGACAAGGAAUCGUCGGGGCACAAGCUGGAACGAACAAGUUCGCUAACCAGUCAGGCAUGAGUUUCGGGGCCGUUCGACACAUCGCUGACAUCCGGGCGGAUACUGCUAGUCAGGAGGGCCAAGGAGUCAUAGGGUUACAGUCUGGAUCCAACAAGGGAGCAAGCCAGUCCGGUAUGUCGUUUGGCGGCAGACGACAUGUCUCUGAUAUCAGGGUGGAUGACAUGUCGCAAGACUCGCAGGGAAUUGUGGGUGGACAAUCUGGAACAAACAAAUUUGCGAACCAGUCUGGAAUGAGCUUUGGGGCUGUUAGACAUAUUGCUGAUAUUCGUGCCGAUGAUUUGGAUCAACAAGGACAGGGAACGAUAGGACUACAGUCUGGAAGCAACCAAUUUGCUAGCCAGUCGGGUAUGUCGUUUGGCUCCGUCAGACACGUGGCGGACAUCCGUGCAGACCAAUACUCACAGGAAGGAGCAGGAACUAUCGGAUUACAAUACGGCAGCAACCAGGGAGCGAGCCAGGCGGGAAUGAAUUUCGGAAAAGGAAGAGGAGUUGCUGAUAUCCCAAUUCAAGAUCUGGCCGAGUCCAUGGGAUAUACGCAAUACUAAAAUCCGAAUUUUGGGUUAACUGUUUUGACUUAACAACUAAAGAAGUUCUCAAAUUUGGCGGCUAAUGGAAUUGAAUGGUUUUUGGAAUAUUUCGUUGGCUUUCUUCUACGUUUGACAUCUUUUUAUUACUGCUGAAAUAUAUAAACUGUACUAUGUGUUAUUUUAACUUCGAUGUGCAUUUCCGAUGGGACAGAAAUCAAAAGCCAUGAGUUUACAAUGAUACCCAAAUCAGAACAGUCCGACCAUUCCUUCAGAAUAAAAUCUGGGUAUCUGAACUCUGAACUCUUCUGUCUCAGUCACAUGUAUCACGCUUUUUCGCUAAUCCAUUGUCACGAUGUCUUCUUAUCAGUGUAACAGUGUAACCAUUAAAUCAUCGUUUAAUAUAU